UGUAACCCAUUCAUGUCGCCGCGCGGGAACGGCCGGCGCUGCCCGCGGGUGGGACCGGCCGCUCCUCAGCCCCGCUCCUGCCUCGCUUUUGCCGUUUACCCCACGUCUGGUUUGGUUUUUUUUGUUUUUUUUUUUCCUUCCUUCUUCCUGGAUUAGGCAGCAAUCAAUCCUUCUCCGCGUUGUCUGUUUGAGGAACAGGUGAUCCUCGUUAGCGGUUUCUGGAUGCGGCUCCCUCGUCUGCGUGUGAAGGAUGGUGAUACCAAGGCAAGACUGAAGCAGCGUAACUUUUACUUGGCAAGAGGAAAAACUUUCUUCCCCUUUUGAAGGCGAUAAAAACACGUAGCGUUAAAAAGCAGAAGAAGUUGGUUUUAAAGCUGAACUUCACUUUCGUGGGAUUUGUGUGUCAGAUUCAAAGGCUGCGCCGUUUUGUUUUUCUUUUUUUUUUUCCCUUCUUCCUUAUCUCCCAAAAGGAAACUGUUGCUAGUUGGCAUAGACUUUUUAAAUGUUUGGAAUUCAAGAUACUUUAGGAAGAGGACCAAUUCUGAAAGAUAAAUCUCUAGGUUCUGAGAUGGAUUCCGUCAGGUCCUGGGUCAGAAACGUUGGGGUUGUGGAUGCAAACGUAGCAGCACAAAGCGGAGUAGCUUUGUCCAGAGCCCACUUUGAAAAGCAGCCACCCUCCAACUUGAGGAAAUCCAAUUUCUUUCACUUUGUUCUGGCUCUCUACGACAGACAGGGGCAGCCCGUGGAAAUAGAGAGGACAGCUUUUGUGGACUUUGUAGAAAAUGAUAAAGAGCAAGGCAAUGAGAAGACGAACAAUGGCACACACUACAAACUCCAGCUCCUCUACAGCAACGGUGUCAGGACAGAACAGGAUCUCUAUGUGAGGCUCAUUGAUUCUGUGACCAAGCAGCCUAUAACUUACGAAGGCCAGAACAAGAACCCCGAGAUGUGCAGAGUGUUGCUCACCCACGAAGUCAUGUGCAGUCGGUGCUGUGAGAAGAAAAGUUGUGGCAACAGAAAUGAGACUCCAUCCGACCCUGUGAUCAUUGACAGAUUCUUCCUAAAAUUUUUUCUCAAGUGCAAUCAGAAUUGCUUGAAAACAGCAGGAAACCCAAGAGAUAUGAGACGGUUCCAGGUGGUGCUAUCGACAACAGUGAACGUGGAUGGGCAUGUGCUGGCAGUGUCUGACAACAUGUUCGUGCACAACAACUCCAAGCAUGGGCGGAGAGCAAGAAGACUCGACCCCUCGGAAGCCACACCCUGCAUCAAAGCCAUCAGCCCAAGCGAGGGGUGGACCACGGGGGGAGCCAUGGUGAUCAUCAUCGGGGACAACUUCUUUGACGGGCUGCAGGUGGUGUUUGGGACCAUGCUGGUGUGGAGUGAGCUGAUCACACCUCACGCCAUCCGCGUCCAGACGCCUCCCCGGCACAUUCCCGGCGUGGUGGAGGUGACAUUAUCCUACAAAUCCAAGCAGUUCUGCAAAGGAGCACCAGGCAGGUUCAUUUACACAGCUUUAAAUGAACCUACCAUAGAUUACGGCUUCCAAAGACUGCAGAAGGUCAUCCCAAGACAUCCUGGGGACCCUGAAAGAUUAGCUAAGGAAAUGCUGCUGAAAAGAGCUGCUGACCUGGUGGAAGCCCUCUACGGGACGCCCCACAACAACCAGGACCUGAUCCUGAAGCGCGCGGCCGACAUCGCCGAGGCGCUGUACAGCGUGCCCCGCAACCCCGCGCAGAUCCCGGCGCUGCCCAGCUCCCCUGCCCACAGCUCCAUGAUGGGCAUCAACUCCUACGGCAGCCAGCUGGGCGUCAGCAUCUCCGAGUCGGCGCAGGGCAACAACCAGGGUUACAUCCGUAACACCAGCAGCAUCUCCCCGCGGGGGUACUCGUCCAGCUCCACCCCUCAGCAAUCCAACUACAGCACCUCCAGCAACAGCAUGAACGGCUACAGCAACGUGCCCAUGUCCAACCUGGGCGUGCCCGGCUCCCCCGGCUUCAUCAACGGCUCCCCCACGGGAUCCCCCUACGGACUGAUGUCCUCAAGUCCAACAGUCGGCUCCUCCAGCACUUCUUCCAUCCUCCCGUUCUCCUCCUCGGUGUUCCCUGCUGUCAAACAGAAGAGUGCCUUUGCUCCUGUCAUCAGACCCCAAGGGUCCCCCUCUCCCGCCUGCUCCAGUGGCAACGGGAAUGGCUUCAGAGCACAAAACUACUUAUUGUGAUGGACCACUAAAAAGAAAAAAAAUAGCACUACAAGCUCUUUUUUGGGGAAAAGCCAGGCCCAGGAAAAAAAAGGAACAUUUUUUAUGGAUUGGACGAGAUAGAAGUCUGCAUCAUUUACCUGUUUCAUAUUUCUGACACAACCACAUCAACUCCUCAACCAUUGGCAAUGAAGAAUCAGCAAGAGCCAGGAUGAACAAGAGUUGGCAGAAUGGAAUUAGAAAUGCAAAGUCUUUCCUGGAAAACACGAAAACCUUCCUAAGAUUUGUAAAAUAUUCAAAGGAAAAAAAAAAAAGAAAUUGGCAAAAUGUUUCAAGGUUGAUAUUUUGGAUACAAUUUGUUUUACUUUGUAGGGGUAAAAAAGUUGAAGUUUCUAUUUUCUAUGGAGCCUUUCGGAUAUUGAUUUAGUUUAUGCAGAAAAACAAUUCAACAAAACAGGGUACCAGCAUGAAAGAAUUUCUAGGACAAACUGACAUGAAUGAUGGAACUUUGGUGUAUGUGUGUAUUUGCUUAUAGUUUAACCUCUUUAAAAAAUGUAAGAUGUUUUACAAUUAUUUAAAUAAAUAAACUUGUAAGUUAUUGUAUGUAGAGGUAGAAAUUAAACCCUGUUUUGGAUUUUUUCCUCCAGUUGUACAAUGAAGACAGAUGAUGCAAAAAUGUAGUGAUAAGUUUGAGAUAUAUUAUUACUGCUGCAAUUGCUCCUCACUUUCCCCCCCUCUUACUGAAUUCAUGUGCAAGGAUGUAUAGGAUUCUUUCUGAUUAACAAAACCCUCAGAAACUUUUACCUACAUUGUGGUAAACGGCUCAUGUAGGAAUUUUUUCACCCUCCUCGUCUUUCCCCCAUUUCCAUUUUUUGCUUCAAUUAAAAUAUUCAGGUACUAAGAUUAACUGCUAAGUCUCAAAGACCCAGCUGACGAGUGAGUGGCACUUAGGGAUUUGAGUGAAUCGGAUUUUUCAUGAGGUACUGAGUAUAUUUUAUAGAUUCAAUGUAUGAAUUAUGAGGGGAAGGGUUCUCUGGGGUUUUCCAUGUAGUUAGAACACCUUAAGUUCAGUUAUGCUUCAUAUUAAGGGUGCAUUUAAAAGGGUGAACAUGUAUUUGAAUGAUUUAUGCACUUUUAUCCUGAGUCAUUAAAAAUGGUAAGUAUUUGCCAGUUGGAUAUUGAAGUUCAUAGAGGUAAUCAAUCGCUUUGAAUUUUUCUGCAUUUUAGCCUAACAAAAAAGUUUAGUUCUCCUUUGCAUCUCCUCUCCUGAAAUUGGAAGGCGAGGACAAGUCUGACAAAAUAAAUCAUAAAUUAUCCAA